GUUAACGACAGAUACGGCUCCAACUGAAGAAUUGGAACAUGAAAUUGAGAUACUUUUUUUUUUUUUUUUGCAAACUUUAAAGAUAAAACUCAGAAAAAAUGGUCUCCGAUUAUGACUGAGAUACAGGGCUGUACAGAUUGAUUUUUACAGCUGAAGUUGCAUGAGGAAAAAAACGAAGUCGUACGUCAGCAUAACGUGAUGGAGACCUGGUCCUCCUGUAUCCCACAAUUCAGCGGGUUCCACAAACGGCAGCUCAUCGGUUGAGGCGGGAAGAGAGGAAGAGCAAAACGUUGACACACCAAAAAGGAAGUUUUUGGGGAAGAUGAGGCGGUGUGUUGGUGUGGACGCCGUGGGAAACUGACACUUGUUUGCUUUCUUUUACUAUUGGCGAGAGUUUGACGGGAAUGAGGAGUAAGAAAAUUAAACCGAAAGUAGGGGGGAAGAGAAAGAAAGCAACACUGAAUCAUGUUCCCAGUGAUGUGAUACCAUCCACCAGUCUCCCUCCUCUUGUGGGGGGCCAGCUUAGGUGCUUCCUCAGGGUGACAGUGAGCCGGGUGUUGUGGAUAAUUUCAAAGCCACCCUUGACAGUGAUAGUCAGGCUGCGGUGGUGGGGAGAGUCAUCUGGUGGAACAAACUUUUUCCCACAGUCUGGACCAGAGCAGGGGGCAGUGAGGACCACAGCCCGCUAUGCCAUCCGCUGUGGGCCAAAGCAGUUUACCUCUUACCUCACAGAUAUGGGUACUUUGGUGCUGGAAGCUCUGACUAAACCAGACCAUUUUCCUAUUGGUCGGGUUCAGAUUGCUGGGAUUGCCCAACUGUCUUUGUCCCACUCCAUCAGUGGCUUCUUCACCUUGGUCUCCCCAACAUCUGAAAAGCUGGGAGAGGUGCAGGUGUCACUUGCUCUCGAACCUCUGACAGAUGCAUAUGACAGCAGCAAUUCAGUUUCUACUACAGAUAUGAGCGUUAAUGCAAGAGCACCAGAGGUGUGCCGUACAUCUAAGCAUGCAUCCCAUUCAGAACACUUUGUGGUACGCUCAUCUUCACCUCAUGUCUUGAUCAGUGAUGGAAAGAAGUCAAACGGAAGUAGCUUGCUGAACACACCAAGGGGAAAAGACCAUGUUUACUUCCAAACAACUGGUAGCAAUGAGAAGGAUGCCCUUUCAUCUGAGAUUAGAUCAGAACAAGUUAUGAGGAAGCCCAAACCCUCGUCAGGCAAAUCCCCCCAUGAAGAGUUGAGCCAUGUUGCAGUUCAGGGUUUCAGUUCUUCCCCUCAAAGCCCUGAUGCUGACUGUCAGAAUUCCAAAGACAUCCUCUCAGUUCUGUUAGAUCGAGGUAGUAAGCUUCGAAAUGCCAUGGUAGUGUCAGCACUGAAAUCCACCCUCGAUUCUGAAAUGAUCCUGAGGGACAUUCCCCUCCCGGUGCCAAAGGACAACAUCACUGCAAUAACAGCUCUGCCAUCCGUGCACUCUUCGGGGAAGCUGUUGCAAGACCUCCUGCGUCCAGAGCCCAGCCUCAUCUAUCCUCAGGAGGACCAGCACUCCCCUGAGGAACCUAGUCACAUUUGGGUCCCUGACACAGAGAAAAGGGCUAUUGAGCUGCUCUUGGGCAGCCCGGAUGGAUUAGUGCUUCCAUUCUGGGAUGGAGAAGGUUCCCCUCCCGAUCUUUCCUCUGGAGCCAGCAGUGUGUGCGGGAACAGUGAGUUGGGUGACCCACACUAUGACCAGAGCCUCCUGGAGAAACUGUUCUAUAGAGCCCCAUUGCAGAUGUUGGAUACCAGUUCAAAUGACUUUGUUGGUGAGAAAGACUCCAGGACCCCCGGAAAAAAGCAGAACAGUCCUUCUGGAAGGGAGGAAAUGGCAGAGCAUCCAAGAGAGUCUGAUGGCAAGAACAGUGUUGGUAGACUGGUCCAGGAAGAUGCAAUGCAUAAUUCAAAAACUGCCGUAGUGCCCAGUUUAAGUCUGGACCAGAUUGCCAUGCUGGGUCAGGUCAGAAUGGUCAGAGUGCUGGUUCACACACUGAACAUCCCCACAGAGACCCCACCUACGGGCAAUCGACUCCACCCUCUACCAAGCUGGAAAUGCACGUAUUUUGUAGAGUAUUCAUUUCCUGUUGCUUCUGCUAAACAUGAUGGAGGUCCAAUAACCAUGACUAAAGAACUGACCAGACUAGCCUCUUCUAAAGCUGAUGGAGGAGUGGUGAGUUUUCAGCAGCAUGGACUCUUCCAAGUUCAGUUUAUUAGCACAACAAUUGAGCAUUGGUGGAACACAGAACUUACAUUUACCAUCUACUCCAGGAAAGGCUCUCAGAAAAAGCCACUACCCAUUGGAAAAGCCAUAUUUCCUCUGCGCUCCAUGCUACAAAGCAAUCAUUUGAGCAAAACCGCAAUCCUGCCAGUGCUCGGCUUGGAGGGAGGUGUGGAGGUGGGACAGAAAAUGCAAGACCUGGGUUCUCUCAAGGUGACACUUGAAAUGGAUGUGGGCAAAAAAAGUUUCCCAUCUGUAAGUGGUUCCAAAGCCCCUUCUCAGCUUCCUCAACAUCCCUCCAGCCCACAUGAGAAGACUGCCUUAUUAUCUGAUGACCUUAGCACUCCUGUGCAAAGUCUUAAGUUAUACAACAGCAAUGCCUCAGUUGGUUUUGUGAACAAGCAAAGAACAGAUUUAAUUCCUGUCCAGGACAUGUUAUGUCCCCCACCCCACUCCAUUCUUCCUGUUGGUAAGCCCCUCCAGCAACCUGAAGAAAACAGUCUUUUGCUCCAUGUCCUGCUUAUGAUACCAAAUGGCAGGGAUUUCAGCUGUGGGCCGGCCCAGACAUACCUCAUGUGUAAGCUGUUUGGAACUGAUGAGUCCAGCAAGUCAGCAGUCAGCUGGGGCCAAACCUAUCCAACUUUCAACUUUAUACAGGUUGCCCCUGUGACCAUGACCUCCAGGCUGUUGGAACGGAUGAAGAACAAUGUGAUGGUGAUUGAGGUGUGGCAGAAAAGAAGCACUUUUUGGCAGGAUCGGCUCCUGGGAUUGGUCAAGCUGCCCCUCCACCAGUUCUACGUCUGUUUCAGAGACCCCAAGAUAUCCCAUCUGCUGUUACGGGCACAGUACCCUGUUGUAGGGGUGGACAGCUACAUGCCUGUGGUGGAUGUUUCCUCAGGCAGCAGCCACGGACACCUACAGGUCCUUCUGGCUAUGGGCCUCGCAGAACAGAUAGCCUCCCUGCAGCAACUGAGGGGCAAGGACCUCAUUUUCAUGUCUCAACCCAUAAGACCACUCCAUUUGUUGGACCCAGGAUCACUCCCAGAACCAAUGGUCAACAUGGGGCAUUCAGAAGUUAUGACAGAGCACAUGUUCCAGUUUCGGGUGGAAAGGGUGAAGGGGCUUGUGCCACUGCAGUCCACGGUGUGGGGGGAGGCUGACUGCUAUGUUCAGUACACUUUCCCAGCCUGGGACCAGGGCAGAGCACAUAAGGUGGACCCUCAUUCCCCAGAGAAGAGUGCGGACCUCAUACAGUUUCGUACAGCCACCACAUUGUGUGUCCCCGACCCUGUCUUCAACCAUAGUGAGACUCAUGCUCUACUGACACCUGUUGGGGUCCCUAUCCAGAGGCUGUUGCUCCAUUCCUUUUCUGGCCAUGGCACCGAUGCGAGACCUGGUAUCCAGUUCGAGGUUUGGUGUAGGUAUUACUAUCCCAGUGUUCGGGACCAGUUGGUAGCUAAAGGGCUGCUGCCCCUGUCCAAACUGUGUGCCAUGGUCACUAUGCAGGGUGAAGGGCAGAUUGGCCCCCAGGUCUUCUCCCUUCCUCUUGUGCCCAGAACUGAGAGCUCCCCUGGCUAUCAGCCACAGCCUUCAGGAUUGAUUGAUGUCUCUGUCCACUACAAGCAUCGAUCAGUUAGAACAAAAGAUGUGCGAUAUGGGCCUGUGGCUCUUCAGGUUGUGAUGCUAGCCAUCCAUAUUCACAGAGCAGCAGGACUUCAGGCAGCAAUGCGGGCAAUGGCAAGACAUGACAGCAGGUUUCAGUACUACUCUAAUGUAGGAGUCAACUCAUACAUUGUUGUGGAGCUCUCCUUCCUCCCAGAGAGUGAGAGGAGAAGCACACGAGUAGUGGCACAGUCCUUCUGCCCUGAGUUUGAGCACCACAUGGAGAUCCCAUGCAGCCUGCUUACUCAUAGGGUUCAAGGAGAGACCUGCAGCCUUGCUGAACUGCUUGAUGGUGGCACCGCCAUCUUCACCGUGUACCACCAAGAAAGCCACAAGGUGGAUCGUCCAGCACCCAGUGACACUGUUUUAGGGACAGUGAAAGUCCAGCUGACAGACCUUGUACACAAAAGCACAGGAAUUUCUGGCUGGUUCCCACUUUAUUGGCCCCAGAGUUCAGAGAUGUUUAAUUUGCACCAUAGUCCAAUUGGGGGACUACAGUUGUCAAUAAACUUUGCACAUCAUUCGGACAGAGAAUGGGUAAUAAGCUCUGCCAGAGAUCUGGGCUGGGAGGUGGAUGGAGAGGAGCAGGAAAAGGAAGAAGAAGGCCUUUGUAGUGAUAGGGAACAGACUGUGUCUGUGGCCGUGUCUAUACCCAGGUUGUGGGUGCCCCUGCACUGCCUGCAACUGCCUGGUCAAGUCGGUCUGGAACGGUCCACCUACUGCUACUUCCGGUACAAACUGUACGACAUGGAUGCCUUCUGCUCCCCACUAAAACAUCCAUCCCUGAAGGAGGAACACAGAGAGGGGUAUGCUAUAGCAACAAUGGCAUUUAGGAGCUACCAGACAGUGGAGCUGAGGAGCACCCCACCUCUGCACUGGUAUCUGCUGGAGGAAACUCUGGAGAUACAGGUGUGGGUAGCUUUCGGGAAACACAAGAGGCCUCGCCCACAUGACACAGACAGACUGGUGGGCUCAGCCUAUGUGGACCUCUCUUCACUGGCCAAGAGAGGGCAGCAGAAGUUGACCCUCACAGGGGUGUAUCCACUUUUCAAAUGCUCUGCCCCUGACCUCUCUGGAGCUGCCCUAAGGGUGCAUAUUACCAUGACCCAUAACAUGGGCACUUCGCUCUUUUGUGAGCCAGGUCCUGUCAUUGAGAGUGAAGGUGAGCACAACAUUUCCGGAUUAGAGGACACAGAGGAGGACGAUCACCCUCAUGCAGUCUUGUCAGACACACCAAACAGACUUCAGAAACAGAUAUCCAUGUGUUCUGAAAUUCCUCAAUCUCAGAAGGCAGAGCUGAAUGCAGGAAACACCUUUGCUGUGUGUAUUACUGUGGAGAGAGCUAUGCAUCUAAGCCUUAAAGGAAACCCUCUAGUAGAGAGCAAUGGGGCAAUCCCCAGCUGCUGCGUGUUGUAUUCCACCACUGAUUCCUCAAAUCCCAUUAUGACACCUGUAGUGCAGGACAGUGACUGCCCUGUGUGGGACCAUCAGCAGGAGAGCAGGCUUUCAAAGCAGCUUCUUCUGGAUCCACAACAGACUUUGGUUUUCAAAGUUUGGCACAAAGGAGAUGUGGAGCGGGUGAUUGGGUUUGCCUCUGUGGAUCUCUCCCCUCUCCUUGUGGGAUUCCAGUCUGUGUGUGGCUGGUACAACAUCACUGACUUCAAUGGGCAGUGCCAGGGGCAGCUCAAGGUGUCAGUUUCACCCCUGGAGGACAUACAAGACCUGCAGGCUUUGAGGAAGAAAGCGAACGAUGAGGACCCAAAGGAUUCUGCUGUCCUGUUCCAGCCCUCAGCAGUGUAUCACACCUCAGCCAUGUACAACACUUUCCCCACCCACAUCAGCCGCUACCCAGAGCAGAGGAUCAUUUCCUCUCCUGACCAACAGGAAGCAUUGUUCUCUGGAAGGUCCAGUGUUGUCGACCGCCAUGAAGAGCAUGUUUCUGAGGUUCGCAUGUACCACCAAAACCUGUCUGAGGGACAGGUGCUGCCCCAUGGCUGCAGUGCUGAGGAUACCCUCCCUUCCAGCUCUGCAUUGUUGUCAGCACUCAGGAAGAACCUGAGCGAGUUGGAUGAUAUCCAGAAGUACUUUAGCCGCAAGCUGUCUGCACCAGUGCUUUCAGGCAUGUUGGAAGAAGAUCAAAGUUCCUGGCUGGAAGGGCACAUAGAGUCCCAAGCAAAUGCUGCACAGCUCUUGCUGAAGUCAGACUUCCUGGUGGGGGAAGUCAGAAGCCUAUAUAUGGGUAUUCAGGGAAACUAUCCACAGACAUCAAAGAGUGUUUUCAGUGACCCUAUCCAAAGUGAAGACAAGGCCCUACCCACAGCAGAGAGCAAAACUACCCAGGUUCUCAACUGUCAAACCCUAACCGAGCAUCUGAAAGACAGAGAUUCUCCUUCCCCAUCUGUUCCAGAGAAUUAUGAAGUUGAUAGUGAAUUGUUCAUGGAUGAUGAAGGCAAGAGUAAAGGAUCUCAUAAUGAAGGUGUAGAGGAAGACGAGGAAGAGUAUGAGGAGACUGUGAUUGAACCCAGAACACUUAAUGAGGUCGCUUCAGUGACAGACAAAACUAGCCCCUGGACAAGUGUUAUUUCUGAACCAGACUUGACUUCCCUAGAAAGCCUGGAAGAGUCAGAGGAAGCACCUGCAAAGGACUGCCCACAGGGUGAACCCUGCUCACCUGGUACUGAGGAGGACCAGGAACUCAAAAUACUUGAACAUGAAGCCCCACAGGUUAGCCAGCUCAAUCAGUCUACUGACAAAAAAGCACAGAGUUUGUUAGCUGAAGAAGCUUCCAAGUCAGCAUCUCUCUGUCUACCUGACCAGCCAUCAGGUGAUAAUUGGACUGUUGACAAGGCUGUUCUGGGCCAAGAUGAAGAUUCUGAGGAAGACUUUCCAAAGUCACAUGUGUCAGAAAGUAUCUUGGAUAUGACUGCCAAUCAUUCAGAAAUUGCUUGCUCUCCCAGAGAAGACAAGGGGAUUCAGCUCCUUGAUCGUGUGGGGAUCCCAAAUUUCUUCCUUCCAGUCCAUAACCUGGAGGCUUCCAUGAGGGCCCUGCAUCUGGCUCCAGUUUUCCCAACUGCUCAUCCAACUGCAAUGCGUUUGUCAUUUCAGACACAAAGACCGGAUCAGCCAGGAUUACCUUUUCGAAGAGCUCCACGACCAAGGCUCAAUAUGUCUUCUACAAACAACGAGGAAACAAAGAGAAUUGCAAAGAUAUUUGCAUCUCAUUUUCCAGAUGAUAAAUAGUCUUGGUGGUUUUUACACCUUGAAAAAUUAUGUGAUUGAAUCAUUGCUGUUUAGGCUGCAAUGUAAAUGUAUAAAUAAUGUAUGUAAUUAUACUCUGAAGGUCAUGUACAGUAAUGUAAGCAAUGUAGAUCAUGAGAUUUUAAUAAUUCUGACUUUGUAAUGCAUUUAUGAUUUGCAGUGUUUUUAUUAAUAAAUUUUUUGUUUUGUA